CACACACACGCGCUAUCUCAUUCUCUCACUUUCCUCUGUCUCUUUCCGUCACCCCCCUCUCCGAGUGCAGGACUAUUUGAAGGAGCAUCGUUCAGCAGCGGAUCAGGAGCAGUGCCAUGCAGAACACGUCGAAGGCUCCUCCCCUGGUGCUGCCUCCCGUGGCACUGAGGGCGAAGAGCACCACCAGCAGUGGAGAACGCCUCAGUCAGACCAAGUCUAUGGUCAUCCCAGACCUCGAGCCACCGCAGAAACCUAUGAAUCGGCAUCGAAGGAACCAGUCUCAGCACAACAUUACUCAAGGUGUACAGCAGAUUCAGCCUGCAUUGCAAGGGGAGUAUUUGAACAAAGCCAAGAUCUCAGAAGGAGGAAAGAAACAGAGGAAAAACUGGACGUCAGCCUGGGUUGUGCUUUGCUCGAACGAGCUCCAGUUUUACAAAGAGAGCAAGCAAGAGGCGGUGGCUAAUUUGAAACCAGGAUGUAAACCAGAAGGAGUGGACCUUUGCGGUGCAAUCGUAGAGUGGACAACAGAGAAAUCAAGCCGGAAGAAUGUACUUGAGAUAAUAACCAGGUCUGGUGAUGAGUUCCUUCUGCAAUCAGAUGACUACCCAAUAAUCAGUAAAUGGCAUGAUGCCAUUAAAAAGGCAGUGGACAGAUUGUCUAGUGGAGACGUAGGACCUAGUAGUGGAAAAACCACGAUACAGAGGUCCAACAGCACAGAGUGCCUAGCCAGGCACUCAAAGACCAAAGCCAAGGAACCGAAAUCCGAGCACAGACGCUCUAUUAUAUUCAAGCUGAACUACAGCGCCUCUGACAGUGCAGAUAAAAACGGCGUGAAGAACCGGCUGAAGAAGUUCAUCUCCAGACGGCCCUCCAUGAAAACGUUGCAGGAGAAAGGCCUCAUUAAAGAUCGUGUCUUCGGAUGUCACAUGGUGACCCUGUGUCAGCGCGAAGGUACCAUAGUGCCCAGAUUUGUCCAGAUGUGCAUCAAGGAGGUGGAAAAACGAGGGCUGGAAGUCGAUGGCAUAUACAGGGUAAGCGGAAACUUGGCCACCGUUCAGAAACUACGUUUCAUAGUUGACCAAGAGGAAGAGCUGAAUUUGGGAGACAGCCAAUGGGAAGACAUCCAUGUCAUCACUGGAGCGCUAAAGAUGUUUUUCCGUGAACUGCCAGAGCCCCUGUUUCCCUUUCGCUUUUUUGACCAGUUUGUGGAAGCCAUAAAAACUAAAGAACACAAACAGAAGAUACAGGUACUGAAGAAAUUGGUCCAUCUUCUCCCCAGACCCAACCAUAACACCAUGAAACUGCUUUUCCAUCACUUGCAGAGAGUUUUAUCGAAGUCACGGCAGAACCUCAUGUCCAGCCAAGGUGUCAGCAUUGUUUUCGGUCCGACCCUGCUGUGGCCAGAGCUGGACACAGGGAACAUGGCAGUUAACAUGGUGUACCAGAACCAAAUUGUGGAGUUUAUGCUCAUCGAGUGUCUGGAGAUCUUUGGGCCAGAAGCCAAGUAGCAAAGUGCUUCAAUUAAAUCACAUCAGUGAGGGGAGUCUGCACACAAACCUUAAGUAAGAGCACAGAAACAGAAGAUUGCGAGGGACAGCAUCACCUAUCCAAGCAAAUGCACUUCCUAUUCUAGAAUCAUAUAUGUGCAGGCUUCAGCCUGUAGAAAAGGCCAAAGGAGAAACACUGCUAAUGAGCAUGUCUAGUUCAGUCUCCAUCUGCCAGUAUCAAUGUGAGUGGAUUAUAUUUCAAAUUAACUGCCAAGCAUCACACGUCUUAAGUGGAAAGUGUACAUACCACAAAGUAAGAACUGGUAUGUCAGUAAACAUAAAACAUCUGGAAUAAAUAAACAUGAAUUUGUGAAACCGCAAAGAAAGCUCUGUUCAUCAAUUGAAAUGAAUCCUUUUUGAGUUCUGUAACAUCUCCAUGUUUUCUGUAGCCAUAAGCAGAAAAGUCCUUUAAGAAAAUACCAAACAAUGCUCAUUCACACAGGAUUUCUAGAUUCCCCUGUUUCACCAGAUUCUUGUAACUAUAUAUUGCACUGCUAUAUUGUCGCUGUUCUAUUAGUUUAAAAAAUGUUCUGUACUCUUGUGAUGUAAAUAAAAAAAGGUUAAAAUGGUGUUUUUGUUA